GCAAAGUUCAACCCUGAAACGUCCCUCCAAUUCUGCUUCUUCUUCCUGCCCCUCCUGCUCCUUCCUUCCGCCCGUCCUAAAAUGCACAACCGCCCGCACGAUGAUUAAAAAUAUCUUCAGUGAGUACCUGAAGUCGCAUGAGGUGCGGCGGACGGACCACGAGGCGCUCAGCAAGGUUGCCAGGGAUUACAAGAACGACUACACCUCCGACUGGCGAUGGUUCAGCAUCAAGUGCGAGCGCAUAAUUGAGAACGAGCUCCAAAAAAAGUCCCUGCGUGAGGAAGACAGGAAGACCUACAGCAGCUGGGUGAAGGAGGCCCAGCACCUCUCGACAUUUAGAUCCUUCUUUCCAAAAAUACUCCUCAAGGUUUACAGCCGAUGUGAUGACCCCAACAAAUUUUUUUCCAAACUCGUUAUCCAGAAGUUCGAUGCCGUCGUGUUCUUCUGCGACGCAAGCGGCUUCUCCAACCUGGCAGAGCAGCUGGACAAGCGAAUCAACGGAACGGAACUCCUGGGGAACUGCCUGAAUAAGUUCUUUAAUAUCCUCAUCAAAAUUAUUGACUGUUGGGGUGGGGAUAUAAUUAAAUUCAGUGGCGACGCUGUGCUGGUCGUUUGGCCGUUGCGGCGGGGGAACGCGCCAGGGAACGCGCCAGGGACGGUGGCAGGAAACGUGGCAGCCCACAUGGAAGAGUCAUCCGGGAGAGCCACCCCCCCCGAGGCAAGCGCACCCUCUGCCACUUCUCCACUUGCGGGGAAAGAGACCCAAGCGCAAAGCAACUCCGACUAUUACCCAUCCGACACGGCGACCCCCAAAGCAGAUGACACAAAAGAAGGGAAAAAGAAGAAAAACCAAAAGGAGAAAAACGUAAAAAAAAUAUGCCUUCUAGCCCUGGGAUGUUGUGUAGACAUACAUAAACUACUGAAUAAAUUUCCAACUCCGAUUGAAAAUAAAUAUCUCAAGGUUCACAUUGCGAUCACCUACGGGAAAGUCAGCUUCCUCCAACUGGGGAACGUACUUAAUAAGAGAGACUACCUCCUGUCUGGUAAACCUUUAGAAGAAAUAGGUAUCGCUGAAUCACUUGCCAGAAAUGGGGAGAGUGUAAUAUCUCACCGGUUUUACGACAAGGUGAAGGAUAAAAUUGUCGUGAAGGAAACGCCGAAGAAGAAGUUCCUCCUUUUUGUGAAAAUGAAAGAGGAGAUAGACAUGCGGGAGUUGAAGAAGGAGUACGAGCAGGAGGACGAGUGGGAAGUCCCAACGGGGGAGCUACCCAGGGGGGGGCAUGGAGAAGGGCAUAGGGAAGGGCAUGGAGAUGUGUCCAGGGAAGCCUCUGGAGGGGCCUCUGGAGAAGCCUCUGGAGAAGCCUCUGGAGGAGCCUCUGGAGAAGCCUCUGGAGGAGCCUCUGGAGGAGCCUCUAGAGGAGCGUCCAUAGAACAGGCGAGCGAAGCGCGCAACGCCUGGGGAACGCGCACAGGAAGCAGAUACGAUGCUAAGGAGACCCCCCUCCCACACGAGCACUUCUGCUUCCUUCUGAAGAGUUUCAUCCCAGAUAUCGUAUAUCGAAAAAUAUCAAUCGGGUGCAACGUCUUUCUGAACGAAAUCAGGAAAGUCACGAUAAUUUUCUUAUCUGUGAAGGACAUAGAUACGUCUACCAUGAUUGGUGUGUAUUCUGCUCAUGGAAUUAUGAAGCUAACACAGAAGGCAGUCUUCACCAUGGAGGGUACUAUUAAUAAAUUCAUUUACGACGAUAAAGGGAUACUUAUUCUGAUCAUGUUUGGUCUCCCUCCCUUGUACCACUGUGAUGACUCCGUGAGGGCUCUACUGACUUGCUUCCGAUUAGUGGAUGCUUUAAAGAGUCUCAAGCUAAAUGGAAGUAUCGGUAUUUCCACAGGGAGAAUAUGGUGUGGGAUUAUUGGGAAUAAAAUCAGGAAGGAAUAUACUGCACUUGGGGACUCUGUCAAUGUUGCUGCUAGACUCUGCUGCAAAGCAGGGAAUAAAGAGAUUUACGUCGAUGAAAACACCUUUAACGGAUGUAAGCAUUUUAUUUCCUUUCAGAAACUCAUCUCUAUUAAGGUCAAGGGGAAGAACAAGUUGAUUAGGAUUUACUCUCCCAUAGGGACCAUCAAUAGGAGAUCUCCUCAGUUCGGCUUGGAACAAGGGGGAGAGCAUGGUUACUUCACUGAUGAGGAAUUGCAGGCGGGAGCGGAGGAUCUCGUUGAAGAGGGGGAGGCGCAAAAAGGAAGCGAUAAAAGAACACACCGGGGGAGCGGAAGUGAUAGGUGUACACAGGGGGGGAGCGGAGGUGAUAAAUGCACACAGGGGGGGAGCGGAGGUGAUAAGUGUUCACGACGGGAAAGCAGCCUGGGUGCGCAGCGUGAAGGAGAGGUAGGCGCCCGUGGCGGGGCCCGGGACGAGCGCGACGCCCACACUGCAAAAGGAGCCGCCGACGUGGCCGAAACCGCCGACGUGAUCGAAACCGCCGACGUGAUCGAAACCGCCGACUUGAUCGAAACCGCCGACUUGAUCGAAACCGCCGACUUGAUCGAAACCGCCGACUUGAUCGAAACCGCCGACGUGGCCGAAACCGCCGACUUGAUCGAAACCGCCGACGUGGCCGAAACCGCCGACGUGGCCGAAGACACGGAGGUCAACGAAGUCACCGACUUCUCCUUCCUGAACAGGAACUAUCUCCUUCGCUACUACGAGCGCACGUUCCGCCGCAGGAUCAAGCACCUGCUGGGGAAGAAGGACUGCCUCUACUACUUGAGGCAGUGCGAGGGGGGGGGCGGCGCCACGUGCAAGGGCACGUGGAAAUAUACGCGGAAAGACACGCGGCAGGCCGAUAACGAAGCCGCCAACCAAGCCGCUAACCAAACCGCCAACCAACCCGCCAACCAACCCGCGCACCGGGGCGACCCGUACGGCCAACUCAAGAGCGCCACCCCCCUGGACUACAGCACACACACAGGCCCGCUCCUCCUGCACGAGUACUACGACCCCCUCUACUGCGACUUCACCCAAAUGUACAACACAGGAGGAGUGCUCUUCCUCCAGGGAAACGAACAUCUCGGCAUAUUCGAAAUUAUCACCCUCAUCUCCAGGAAGCUAAGUAAUUUCAAGGCAUUCAAAAUUAGUAACAUGCCUCACUCUCUCUACAUAAACGUAACGAACCCUUUGCUUCCCUGGAAGAUGCUCUGCAACGACAUGCUCCAUCUAUGGAGUGCUUGCAAAAUGAGGAAGGCAAAUAAUCUAAUUAGAUAUGAAGACAGUUACAAUUUACUUCGAGAAAUCACGCACCCCUCAUACCACUGGUUUUUUAAAUGCAUGUCGAGUGUUGUGGACGACCUAGACAUCCCCUAUUUGAGACACUCAGAUGGGAAGGACAAAAAGGAGAGGAAGACAGGAGUCCGUUCGAAGAAGACAGCAGUCCGUUCGAAGCAGACGGGAGCAGUGCUGCUCUCCACGGACAAAGACACUGAUGUAGGGACGGAUGAUCCUACUGAUGAACUCACCUGUGCGGAUACGCAUGCGCGACAACAGGGGGGUGGCAGAUCUAAAAAGAAAAGAAAAAAAAAAAAACAACAAUGGCUGCUCCACCAACAGUUGCCCCAGCAGUUGUGGCAGUGAAUGUUCAGGGAGGAGAGAGCCAAAAAAACACAAGCAAUCAACAGGAGGUUCUACAAAACGUUGUGUCCAAACAUAAACGACAAUAUACUCCUGUACGUAGCUGAGCAGAAGAUGAGGGAGCAACCGGAGGGGAGAGGUCACAUCCGGGGGGAUGCAGGUGUCAGUCCAAUGGAUGCACUCACUCGAGGAGUUGCACAUAACACAAAUGACACCCCACCUGUAGAAAAUCAACUCACUAGCAGGAUGCUCUACUCCAUGCAGGAGAAGAAGUCCCCUCUGUGUGAUCCCAUCUUUAAAGGAAAACACAAACCUUUAAUUUUCAUGUUCGUAAAUGGCAUGAAGAACGAUGACAUAAAAAUCAGAGCCAUACAGAAAAUAAAAAAAUGUGCAGAGCAGUGUAAUGGAUACUUAAAGCUGGAGGACCUGAGUAGGGAAAGACUAUGUGACUUUGUUAGUCUAUGUUUACGUGUGAAGAAGGACGAGUUAAACAAGGAGCUAAUCGAUUACCUCCACAAGACAUGCUUCGGGAUUCCGAAGUUUGUCCAAUACACUCUCUUCUAUCUCUUAACAAAGAAGUACAUCAAGCUAUACAGAUAUGCAUGCCGGGUUAAAGCGAGUGAGCCUGUUGGGAAAGCGGCUAACCAAAGGGACACCUCAAUUGGGGGAAGCGGCACAGAUGAACAUUUACCAAGCAGUGGAUUCGCUUCGAACCAUGGGAAGGGUCCCCUCCGCAAGGGGGAUUUCUCCUCUGUGGGUAGCACCACCAAUGCAGACUCGACCAGCGCACACGACCCCACUUCGUACACAUACAUCAAUGAAGCAACCAAGCAGAUCAUUACGCAGCAGAAUGGGUUCCGAAACUUCCAGUUCUGUGACGAGACGGGCAGUGAUGAUAACGGCAGUGAUGAUAAUGGCGGUUAUCAUAACGGUGGUGGUCAUAACGGUGGUGGUCAUAACGGCGGUUUUCACACCGGUGGUGAUCAUAACGGCGGUAGUGAUCAUGGCAGUCGCGACGAACCCCGCGGCAACGACAGCCAAGACGAACAACUCGGUGUCCAUCGAGACGCCUCGCUCAGGGGCCCACCUUCAAGGGAAAAGGAUAAUCCAACCGGGACUCUCCAGAAGGGGUGCAAGUACAGGAUAAGAGUAGUGCGCGACUUGAACUCGGCUCCCUUGGUUCCGCGCCUGACGGCCCACUGCAUGUCCCUGAUCGAUAGUCUUAACCAGGAGGAGCUACUGCUGGCAAAGCUAUGUUCCUUCUUCAAGCAAAAAUUUAACAUAAAAAAAAUGGAGUGCAUAUUCCCCAGAUAUAUUUCUCGAUCCGAAUUGAAAAGGAUAAUUAAGGAGCUCAUCAAGAAGAGCGUCUUCCAAGUCUGCGAAGAGAACAGAGCGAACCAAGUGCCAACGGACGAUGUGAAUUCCAUACACAACAUCAAUUUUGUUUACAGGGAUAUUUACAACCUUAUAAAUGACGUCACUUCGAGAAGGCACAAACACCAUUCGGUGUUCAGAAGGAACUCCACGAUCCCAGACGAGGCAUUGUUCUUCUGCAUAAUGAAUUUCUCGCUCAAGAAGGUGCUGAACGAUUUGCUCGAGAACGAAGAAAAAAAGUACAUCCAAAAAAUAUACAAAAAGUACUUGGACGAGUAG